AACCCGUGCCGUGCCAUAUGGACUGGAGUAUUAGAUACUCCUAUAAAAAGGGUAUCUCCGAUCCUCCUCUGUAUAUCAACUCUCUACUCUCAUCUCUCAUCUCAUUUCAUCUCCCACUCUCUGCUCUCAUGCCUUCUUUCUACUGCCUUCUAGUGGUAGUGUUGCUCAGUGCCGCCGGCACAUCGAGCCGUCCGAACGUGGAUAACGUUCCGGAGUUUGCCCGGUGGCUUGUCCACAAGGGCAAGUGGGGGGUGAUCUCGUUCAACAGCCUCGUGUUUGUACCCCAAGGGUACAUUGCAUCCUACGCGGAUGCAGGCACGGGGAGCCCCUACUUCUACCUCUCCACCCUCGACCCGGUCGGGAUGGUUGUCCCCACGGACGCCCGAGCCAGCCUCACGGUCAGUGAGAUCUCAUUUGACGGCUGCGGCGGUCAAGAGGCGCAGAAUCCCUCCUGCGCCAAGAUCUCUCUCUCCGGCGAGCUUCUCAUGCUGCCGGGGGACUCGGAGGAGGGCCUCAAGGCGGAGCGGGCUUUAUUCAAAGCUCACCCCUCCUUCUCCGGCUUCCCCAAGAUGAACGGCACAUUUGCCGUCUACAAAUUGAUUGUUGACGAGAUCUUCCUCGUCAACAAGAUGGCGCCGCCCCGGUCCCUCUCGGUGGAGGAAUACUUUGAAGCUUGAGGAGUGUUUGCAGCUUGCAGGAUCUUAGUAGUUUUUUUUAGUUUCUAAUCAAUUAUGUACUUGUCCGUACUCCUAGUUAAUUAGUAAGUAAUUAAUUCUUCCUCGUGUGUUUUGUAUUAUAUUAAUCUUAAUGCGUGUUAGCUGCAA